UUUUAACAAAAGAAGUUUGACAAAGUGUCAAACUCCAUUUCUGUGUUAAUUUUGGUUAUGACUCCCACCAUGCUAGCUGUCACUCAGCAACCCACUACAUAAAUAAGGAGUGCAACACGUUAAUUAAUGAAUCGUCCAUUCCUCAUAACAAACGAGAGGAGAGAGAAUGAGAAAGAAAGAAUUAGGGCUUGUUCGUAUUUCCAAAUUUUUUAUUGCCGCACACCUCCUUCCUUCUUUCCUUUUCCCCGGCUUUCCCUGUCGUCGUGCUUGCUGCGUAAUCUCUCUCUCUCUCUGUGUGUCCAAAGAGGGAAUGUGGUGGGGAAGCCAUGUCCAUGUCCAAGCAUUCCAGCAACGAGAGCUCCAUGCACUGCCACUUAUUGAGGCUCGACGCGACAGUGUCCGGCACCUCGACGCGUGCAUCUCGAUCCACGGUUGAUGUUGCCACGGCACAGACUCAUCGUCGAAGAACACGAUCGAUAUCUCCACCAGCUUAUCCCUCGACACCACGACGACGACGACCUCCGCCACCGCGGCCUCGAACUCGCAGUCGGCCAGCUCCAGCUUCUACAGGUUCGGGAUCGACGCGAACGACUCGUGCUUGUUUUUGAAGCACGGAGGCGGUUGCCAGAUGACGCAGCGGCUGAUGCGGAGUGAUGUUAGGGUCGGGUGUUGGAAAUAUAUAUUCCACGUGAUGUGGGCUGUGGUUUAUGGAUAAUUGUAUUAGUUAUUUGUUAAAGUGGUCAAAUUAUGGAGCCCAAGACUACUCAAUAUCUUAUAUGGGCCCAAUGAGUGGAAACCAGAUACUAAACCUAAUUAGGGUUU